AUGAACUUGUUUGAGUUGGAGGAAAUCAGAAUGAAUGCCUAUGAGAACUCCAUGAUCUAUAAGAUGAGAACAAAGGCAGCCCAUGACAAACUGAUUCGCCUUAAAGACUUCAAGGUUGGGGACAGUGUGCUCUUGUAUAACUCCAAGCUAAGGUUGUUUCCCGGGAAGCUAAGGUCAAAGUGGGCGGGACCAUUCAAGAUUCACGAAGUUUUGCCCUAUGGAUCCCUCACUUACUCAAUCAAGAGGGGAAGGAAUUCACAGUGA